ACUGGCCCUUCACACCAUCCAAAAGUCCCCUCCAUUCCCCCCCCCCAAAAAAAAAAAACCCUCUGCUAUUCUCCUAAGGUCCCCAUCUUUCCACUACAAAAAUGUCCAAACUCUUGUCUUCCUCCGCCAGAAUUCUUGCUGUUCCAAACACUUUGUAUCUCAGUUUCAACUUUUCGAAUAACUAUCUCAAAUGUCUUCUUUUUCAGUUCGUUUCCUUGCACCACAAGCAUUGCAGUCUACUUCCUCUUCCAGGCCUAAAACCUGGGUUCUUGCCGCUCCGACGACGGCACCGGCAUCGGUGGAAGUGGAUGCAGGGAGGUUGGAGCCAAGAGUGGAAGAGAGAGAUGGGUAUUUUGUGUUGAAAGAGAAGUUUAGGGAAGGUAUUAACCCUCAAGAGAAAGUGAAGAUCGGGAAAGAUCCCAUGAAGCUUUUCAGGGAAGGAGGGAUUGAAGGACUUGCUAAGAUGUCAAUGGAGGAGAUUGAUAAGGAUAAGACUACAAAGGAUGACAUUGAUGUCAGGCUUAAGUGGCUUGGUUUGUUCCAUAGGAGGAAGCAUCAGUAUGGUAGAUUCAUGAUGAGACUGAAGCUACCAAAUGGUGUAACAACAAGUGCUCAAACACGAUAUCUAGCUAGUGUGAUAAGGAAAUAUGGAAAGGAUGGGUGCGCUGACGUGACAACCAGGCAAAACUGGCAAAUUCGGGGAGUGGUGCUGUCUGAUGUGCCACGAAUUCUCAAGGGUCUUGAAGAAAUAGGCUUGACUAGUCUGCAGAGUGGCAUGGACAAUGUCAGAAACCCUGUUGGCAAUCCUCUCGCUGGCAUUGACCCAGAAGAGAUUGUCGAUACCCGUCCUUACACCAACUUGCUAUCCCAAUUCAUUACCGCCAAUUCCCGUGGCAAUCCAACCAUCACUAACUUGCCAAGGAAGUGGAAUGUCUGUGUUGUGGGGUCUCAUGAUCUUUAUGAACAUCCCCACAUCAAUGAUCUUGCUUACAUGCCUGCCACAAAAGAUGGACGUUUUGGGUUCAAUUUGCUGGUAGGUGGGUUCUUCAGUCCCAAGCGAUGCGAAGAGGCCAUUCCUCUUGAUGCUUGGGUUUCGACCGAUGAUGUGAUCCCAGUGUGUAAAGCUGUGUUAGAAGCCUAUAGGGAUCUUGGCAGUAGAGGUAACAGACAAAGGACGAGAAUGAUGUGGUUGAUUGAUGAACUAGGCCUUGAAGUAUUCAGAUCAGAGAUAGCCAAGAGAAUGCCUCAAAAAGAGUUAGAAAGAGCAUCUUCUGAAGAUCUAGUUCAAAAGCAAUGGGAAAGGAGAGACUAUCUUGGUGUCCAUCCACAGAAACAAGAAGGCUUUAGCUAUGUUGGUUUUCACAUUCCAGUUGGUCGAGUCCAAGCAGAUGACAUGGAUGAAUUAGCUCGGUUAGCCGACACAUAUGGCUCAGGCGAACUCAGGCUUACAGUGGAGCAAAACAUCAUAAUUCCAAACGUUGAGAACUGGAAAUUAGAAGCCUUGCUUAACGAGCCUCUAUUGAAAGACAGGUUUUCACCGGAACCAAGUAUUCUCAUGAAAGGAUUAGUGGCUUGCACUGGCAACCAAUUCUGUGGACAAGCCAUUAUUGAGACAAAGGCUAGAGCCUUGAAGGUGACUGAGGAGGUGGAAAGGUUAGUGUCAGUGGCCCAGCCGGUAAGGAUGCACUGGACGGGCUGCCCUAAUUCCUGCGGACAGGUUCAAGUUGCUGAUAUUGGUUUCAUGGGGUGCAUGGCAAGGGAUGAGAAUGGGAAACCUUGCGAAGGGGCAGAUGUGUUCCUGGGAGGGAGAAUUGGUAGUGACUCGCAUUUGGGACAACUUUAUAAGAAGGCUGUUCCUUGUAAGAACUUGGUACCUGUAGUUGCUGACAUAUUGGUGGAACACUUCGGAGCUGUCCGAAGAGAGAGGGAAGAAGCGGAAGAUUGAUACAAUCAAGUUCGCUCAUUGCUUCAAGAUUUUUCCUUUUUUUUUUUUUUUCCAGUUGGAGGACCUGAGGAUUCUAAGCAAGCCUUCGAGAAGAAAAUGGAGCAUUUUAAAAGAUACGUGGGGGACUAUUUUGGACAACUUUGAUCCAAUGGGAUGACAAAGAGAACAUCUCCUCUUUCAAACAUGCUUUCUCCUUUGGUGAUGGGUUUUGUUUGAUAAUAUAUAACAUUUUGAUCAUAUGUAUCGAAAUAAAAUUAUUAGUAAUAUAUUUUCCGUUGAAUAUUAGAGAUGAUAACGAUUA